UAAAACAACGAAAAAGAAAAAACCUUCAAUAAUUAAUACCAAGCUCCUCCCUUCCCUUACUCAAGCAAACCACUAUAAUCUUCAUCCUUUUCAGUAUCUACUCUUUGAGUUGCGUUUAAUAACUCCCUUCAGCCUGCUCCGCCUCGGCAUGGGCGUACUCCGCCACUACACUGCCGCUGCCUUCGCCUUUCUCUUAUUUGUUUCUGCUUCACUCAUCACGAUUUCUCAACUCGGCAGCGGGUUCCAGGAGAGAGUGGGAAGUGAGAAGAGAAGUGGGUCAGGUGUGUUGGACCGGUUCUUUGCUCAGAAGCGACUCAGUGGACCUGGUUCUUCACCACCUUCCUGCAGAUCCAAGUGUGGAAGCUGCUCACCUUGUAAACCGGUUCACGUUCCGAUUCAACCGGGGUUUAGUAUACCACUUGAGUACUACCCUGAAGCUUGGCGUUGCAAGUGUGGCAACAAGCUUUUCAUGCCCUAAAAGAAAAAACAAGAACAAAGCCCACAGUACAAUAAAAUUCUAAGAUCUCCUCUGUCAAAAAAAAACAAUUGUUUUAGCACUUAUAAUAUAUUUUACUAUUAUGGUAACUUACAUUGUUGGUUCUUUUCUGUGUUUUUAUAAUGAUUUGCAUUUCCUGUGAGAGGCAGGAAAGCUUUGGGAAUGUAAGUUGUUUUUAGGUGAGAUUACCGAGAGGGAUUUCUUUUCUCUUUAGUUCAUCUUUCUCUUCUG